AUGAAACUGUCAGCUAUCACUUCAGUCCAGUCCAGUUUAGAGGAAACAACAGCAAUGUCUCUCUACAGGAAUAUAGUGUGGUUUAUCAAAGGAAUGAGGGAGUAUACAAGGUCUGGGUUUGAGAAUGCGUCUAAGGGCUUUGUAGAAAAGGACCUGGAUGUGUCUAUGGUGGGGCGUUCCUUCAUGAUCACUGGAGCCAACAGCGGAAUAGGGAAGGCGACAGCCAUGGCCAUAGCAAAAAAAGGUGGCACUGUCCAUAUUGUCUGCAGAAACAAAGAGCGAGCUGAGAAAGCCAGAGAAGAAAUCAUCUCAGCAAGUGGAAAUACUGAGGUUUACGUCCACGUGUUGGACCUCUCUGAGGCGAGGAAGGUGUGGGAGUUCGCAGAGGUCUUUAAGAAGGAGCACUCGUCUCUCAAUGUUUUGAUCAAUAAUGCCGGAUGUAUGGUGAACCAGAGGGAAAUGAACUCUGACGGACUGGAGAAAAACUUUGCGACCAAUACUCUUGGUGUUUAUAUUCUCACUAAAUGUCUGCUCCCAUUGCUGGAGAAGAGCAGGGACCCUCGAGUUAUCACAGUGUCAUCGGGAGGAAUGCUGGUACAGAAGCUAAACGCAGACGACCUGCAGACAGAGAGAGCUCCGUUUGAUGCUACCAUGGUAUACGCACAGAACAAGAGGCAGCAGGUAGUGAUGACAGAGGUCUGGGCAAAAGCAAAUCCCAAAAUUAAUUUCUAUGUGAUGCACCCUGGGUGGGCCGACACACCAGCGGUUGCCACGGCGAUGCCUUUGUUCCACCAGAUGAUGCGUGAUCGUCUGCGUUCAGCGGAGCAGGGCGCCGACACGGUCAUCUGGCUCGCGGUGUCACGCGCCUCCACUGCAUUUCCCAGCGGUUCCUUCUUCCAAGAUCGAGAGUCGGUUUCGGCCCACUUGCCCCUCGCGUGGACACACAGCUCUCGAAUGCAAGUCAAAGUGUUCAUGCGCCGGUUGGAGACUUUGGCGAUGACCGUCAAACCCUCAGAGUGAGAAUUUAAAUAAUGUGUAUACGAUAAUGUGAGGUUCUCAAACAAAACUCAUGCCAUGUGGAACUUAUAACCAUGAUGUGAAAUCUGAAGCUUUUUUUCGGUAAAACUAACUAUAGACUGAUCACACAGAAGUCUAAAAUCAAAAAUAUACAAUUUGGUGCAGAUGUUGUAAUUUAUAUAGCCAUAAAUAUGAAUUACUGAUAGCUUGUAAUGCAAAUCAUUGAGUGCCUGCAUAGUUGUCACUCCAUAUCUCACAUUAAUAUUGAAGUUCUUAAGUUUUAGUGUAGGGAGGCAAAACAUACGGAUACGAGAGUAAACCUAUGCUGCUUCAUCCUGUGUUCAUAUUACUAAUAAUAAUAUAAAUGUAUCUUAUGUUUACUUUAUACGAUUUCACAGCAAAAAGACACGUGUACAAUGAUCUGAAGGGGAAGAGAAUUAUACUAAAUGGCCUUUAACUUGCUAAAAAGUAGAAACUAUCAAUCAGACGACAGAAGGCAUGUUGUAGAUUGUGUUCAACAGGUCUAGCAACAAAGUUUUUACCAUGCUAAUAAUUUAGAGUCUUUAGAAAUGUGAUACAGAAGGCUUUAUAGGGUUAACAUGAAACAAAAGUAAGUUGGGAUAUGAUUUUAACCAUUCACAACUGAUUAAACUGUAAAAAGCGGCCCCCAUUAAAGGUAUAGCUCACUCAGAAAAUGAAAAUUUGCUUUUAAUUUACCUAAGAUGUAGCUGACUUUUUUUUCUUCAGCUGAACAGUAAAGAAGAUUUUUAGCUGAAACCGUUGUACUUGGCGAUUUAUAUAACGCAAGUCAAUGGUUAUAGUCACUUUUUAAGAGUCAAAACAAAAUGAAUACCUGUGGCUCCUGAUGAAUACUACACACACUACUUUUGUUGUAAUUUUGUUAUGCCUGUAAUAUAUGUUUUUUUGACUCUUAAAGUGACGGUAACCAUUGACUUGCAUUAUUUACAUCAGCAAGGGCAACGGUUUCAGCUAAAAAUCUUCUUUACUGAUCAACUGAAGACAAAACCUACAUCUUGGAUGGCCCUGGGGGUGAGUAAAUUAACAUCAAAUCUUCAUUUUUGGGUAAACUAUCCCUUUAAGACCUCCAUUGUCUCUGUCUGAAUCAAAGUGGUUUUGUUGGCGUAAGCCAUAAAGGAAAUACAGUACAUUUCAGAGGUGGAAUAACACGCAUCAAUGUACUAUGCAAAUGGGGGUCUGUUUUGAUUUUAUAUUUAGCCUUGAGUCUUAAAUGGUGCUUACAAAGUAUGCAGCCUGCGUCAUUUCCCGUCUCCUCUAAUACUUUCUACAGCAUAAAUGCAAAAAUCUCAUAAAUAAUAAAACAAAAACAAGUGGGCUUUUGGCCUUGUCAGUCAUUGUCAUGCAGAAAACAUCCUGAUGCGAUAUGUAAUGUGACAUAACCUCCAGAUAUGCUUUAGUUAUGUAAAAAUUAAAAAGUGGCGUUGCCUGUUAAAUUGAUAAUAAACAGCAUCCAUAUGCAUCAUCA